CGGAAUAAACUGGAAGCGAACUUGUCACUUUGGCGCUGUUCUUUGAAGGACUGCUACUUUUUCAUUGCUGAAGCAUUGCACUUUUGGGGACAUUCACACCAUAUAUCUACUCACCUAGCAUUAAUAACAAUAAUUGUUCGAUUAUUUAUGCCGCAAUAAACUUUUAUGUUGUACUAGAGUGACAACACUGAUUUGAUGGAAACAUGACGGGAGCUACACACGGAACCGUAGCCCUGAAGACAUUUUUGCUUGUCGCAUUGGUUUCAUUUUCAACAGGGAAUUCAAAGCUGCCUGUGUAUUAUGGACAAAUUGUGGAGAACUCGCCCGCUGGAACAGUGGUGGAUUGCGUAGCUUUACCGGUUGGAAACAACUGUCAUGUUUCGGAACUGGACAUUGCUUUGGAAGGGAAGAACGCAACGGAUUUUCGUUUGGUUUACCAUCACGAAGAACAGCAUCUUAUUUUGAAAUCCACAGAAACUUUGGACAGAGAGUUUAUAGCAGUGUACGAUUUGAAGGUUGUGCUUUCUGGUUGUUUGAAUAGUGCCGUGGUGAUUAAAAUAGAGGUGCUUGAUUCAAACGACAACAUACCCCGGUUCAUCGAGGAAAACGAAAGGGUAAAAGUUGAUGAAUUGACCCCUAUCGGUUCCGAAUUGGUCCGUUUUUUUGCAAAGGAUCCCGACGGUGGAAAGAAUGGCCGGGUCACUUAUUACGCAUCUCCAAAAUGCCAACACGUGUACGUAGUUCCCCAAACCGGACAGGUAAUGCUGGUCAGUUCUCUCAUUGGUGUCAUGAACCUAACAGUCCGUAUUUACGCUCAAGAUAAUGGAGAUGUCGCAUUGAUAAGUAAGCCGGUGACACUUCACCUUGAUGUGCAGAGACCUGCUGUCUCGAAGGUUAGGAGGCCCCGAGCGGUCUCCGAGGAACUGCUCUACACAGUGACGGUCUCAGAGGAUGUCAAAGUCGGUGACAUGAUAUUCACGGUGCCUGACCAGAAGUUUGAGAAAAAGUGGUUCGAGGUAAUAUCAGAGGCGGACUCCCCGGUUCAGAUCGAGAGGGACUCGGGUCGUCUGUAUCUCGCGCACAGACUGAAGUCCCCCGCAGAGGUCAUGGUCAAAAUCCAAAACCUCAGAGGUGAUGAGUGGUACCUCUGCAGGCUGAGCCUGAGUGURCCCACCCUGGCAGACCUGCAGUGGGGCAUGUUCCCUCAGCCCUACCUGGGUGCAGUGGGACCUGACGCCGCACCAGGCUCUGUGGUCUACCGCCUCACCGCCCGCCAACGAGACGGCACAAUAGGAAACGCCCACUUCCUGCUACUGGACGGUGGCGAGGAUUCGUUUGAGGUGGACCGUGGCUCUGGGGAGGUCAGGACCACCGGCCGACCCCUGACCCCCAGCAGGGAGUACAUGCUGAGGGUGCAGGUGGUUGACACGCAGGGCAGGAAGUGUCCCCCUGCAACAGUGGCUAUUCUGGCAGGGUUCCGCCCCCCACAGUUCACCAACGCCUCCUACACCCUGACUGUCCMAGAGAACACGCCCGUGGGCCAAGCUGUGGCGAUGGUGGGGGCCAUCUCCUUCCAGAGGAAGACUCUGUCCUACAUGCUGCUGGUGAACCCUGGCAACCUGUUCAGUGUCAACCAGGAGAGUGGAGCUGUCAGCCUCACCCGGACAGUGGACUUUGAGAGUGGACACACACUCCACACACUGCAAGUCAGGGCCUCUGAGCCAGACACAGGCCUCAGCGGUGUGGCAGAGGUGGUGGUUCACAUCACAGAUGAGAAUGACUGCACCCCAGAAUUCCUCCACUCCAUUUACAGCCGGGAUAACAUUCCCGAAGCCACCGCGCCUGGAACAUCACUGCUACAAGUUCUAGCGAGGGACUGUGACACCGGCUCAACUCAGAGCUCUCCUACUUCAUCCAGAGUCCCGACUUUGCCAUUCUCUCCAGGGGCGUGGUCAGCCCCAGCCAACGGUUGGACUACGAGCGCCCAAUCACAUGUACGAGUUUGUGUGGUUGCCGUGGACAACGGGACUCCACCCCGCACCGGGACCGCUCCAUCCGGUUCAGAAUGGCCAAUACCAACGAAGAGGCUCCCAUCUUCUCUCAAGCUGUCUAUAAGACGUUCUUGUCGGAGGACGCUGGUCCUGACACUCUGGUGGCCAUUGUCCACGCCAAUGACCCUGAUGGAGACGGGGUCUCUACGCCAUCACUGGCGGAACGAGGACAGUAACUUUGAGCUGGACAACCAGAAAGGCAUCAUCAAACUGCGGCGGAGCCCCCCUCCUAUCCUGCGUGGCCCCCAGUACAUCCUCAACAUUACCGCCACUGAUGACAACGCGGCAGACGGACCCUAUCCCCUCAGUAACUCCGCCCAGGUCAUAGUGGGCAUCAACGACAUCAACAACAACAAGCCUGUCUUUGAAGAGUGCCAUAACUACAGCGUCAACACCGGUGUCCUGGAGAACCAGCCCCCUGGGACAUUUGUCCUGCGCGUUCACGCCCUCGACGCAGACAUGGGGGUCAACGGAGAGGUCAAAUACAGGAUCAUGCACCGAGACGGGACAUCAUCCGGCUUCGUCAUCAACCCUGACACAGGUGUGAUCAGCACCACUGUGAGUUUCGACCGCGAGCGCCAGAGAGAGUACUCCCUGUCUGUCACGGCGACAGACCUGGCCCAGGAGCCCCUCAUCGGCAUCUGCCAGAUCACCAUCCUCAUCGCCGACCAGAACGACAACGACCCCAAGUUUGAGAACAGCCGCUACCAGUACUUCCUGCGCGAGGACACGCCGGUGGGGACUAGCUUCCUGCGAGCAGCGGCACACGAUGAUGACCAGGGGAGUAACGCAGCUAUCGCCUACUCUCUGUCCCGUCAGCAGCCGGCCUACCUGCACAUCAACCCCAGCACAGGCUGGGUGUACGUCAACCACCCCAUCUCACAGACGUCGAGGAUCAGCCAGCAGAUCGUGGCCACAGACGGGGGCAACAGGAGCAGCUCUGUGGAGCUGACCGUCAUCAUCACCAACGUGCACAACCAGCCGCCCCAGUGGGAACAGCUAGAGUACUGGGUCACCGUGCCCGAGAACACAGUUCGCGACGCCAAGAUAGUGUGCUUCUCCUCUUACCCCCGCCGCCUCUCCUCCCACCGCUCCGCUCCAGUCUCUCCUACCCCCGCCGCCUCCCUCCAGUGCUUCUCCAUCUUACCCCGCCGCCUCCCCCAGGCUUCUCCCUCUUACCCCGCCGCCUCCCUCCACAGUGUCUUCUCCAUCUUACCCCCGCCGCCUCCCCCCAGUGCUUCUCCUCUUACCCCCGCCCUCUCCCUCCCAGUGCUUCUCCUCUACCCCCGCCGCCUCCCUCCCAGCGUUCUCUUCAUCUAA